UCCGAGCUGUUGCGAACGUGCGUGGGCCCCGGCUGCCGUGGCCCUGUCACUCGUGGGCUGGCUGUCCCUGCGAGCCCAGCUCCAGGCUGUGCUGGGGAUGCUGAAGCUCUCGCUUUGAGGGACCAGAGCCCCUUCAGCCUCCCCAUGGCUGCCCGAUUGCUCGGGGCGGGGGGAGUGCUUGGGCUGCCUGACGCUCUGCUUUGCACUCCUUCCUGCUCUAGACAAGGCUUGUUUGUAACUUCAGACCAGCUGAUCUGAGCACAGGCAGCCGGGGCUGGCCAGCCCUCCUCGCUGAAGCAAGUAUGCUAAGAAAGCCCUAGCUAAGCUUUUCCAUGUAUUUGCCUUGUUCUGGAGCGGUGGUGAGUGUGGAGGUGAAAAGUUCACAUAGGGCUGAGAAGUACUUUGGAAGGCUGUUACUUGGUGGAUAAGACUUGGCAAGAGGAACCCCCUUGUCCGAUCUGCAGCCAUGGCCACCUCGGCGAGCUCCCACCUGAGCAAAGCCAUCAAGCACAUGUACAUGAAGCUGCCGCAGGGGGAGAAGGUCCAAGCCAUGUACAUCUGGAUCGAUGGGACCGGGGAGCACCUCCGCUGCAAAACCCGCACCCUGGACCAUGAGCCCAAGAGCCUUGAAGAUCUCCCUGAGUGGAAUUUUGACGGCUCCAGCACUUUCCAGUCUGAAGGCUCCAACAGUGACAUGUACCUGCGACCUGCUGCCAUGUUUCGGGACCCUUUUCGCAAAGAUCCCAAUAAACUAGUUCUCUGUGAGGUCUUCAAAUACAACCGCCAGUCUGCAGAGACCAAUCUCCGAUACACCUGCAGACGGAUUAUGGAUAUGGUGUCCAACCAGCACCCCUGGUUUGGGAUGGAGCAAGAAUACACUCUUUUGGGGACAGAUGGACAUCCGUUUGGCUGGCCUUCCAAUGGCUUCCCGGGACCCCAAGGUCCGUACUACUGUGGUGUAGGGGCAGACAAAGCCUAUGGCAGAGACAUUGUGGAGGCCCAUUACCGAGCGUGCCUGUAUGCUGGGGUGAAAAUUGGAGGAACCAAUGCAGAAGUGAUGCCAGCCCAGUGGGAGUUCCAGGUGGGACCAUGUGAAGGGGUUGAGAUGGGAGAUCACCUCUGGAUUGCUCGCUUCAUCCUCCAUCGGGUGUGCGAGGACUUCGGCGUCAUCGUGUCCUUCGAUCCCAAACCCAUCCCUGGGAACUGGAACGGUGCCGGCUGUCACACCAACUUCAGCACCAAGAACAUGAGGGAAGACGGAGGUCUCAAGCACAUCGAGGAGGCCAUCGAGAAGCUGAGCAAACGCCACCAGUACCACAUCCGUGCCUAUGACCCCAAGGGAGGGCUGGACAACGCCAGGCGCCUGACGGGCUUCCACGAGACGUCCAACAUCCACGAGUUCUCGGCCGGCGUGGCCAACCGCGGCGCCAGCAUCCGCAUCCCCCGCAACGUGGGCCACGAGAAGAAGGGCUACUUCGAGGACCGCCGGCCCUCCGCCAACUGCGACCCCUACGCCGUGACCGAGGCCCUCGUCCGCACGUGUCUCCUCAACGAAACCGGCGACGAGCCUUUUGAGUACAAGAAUUAAAGCGAGACUGGGCCUCCGGAUGCCGCCGCCUUCCUUCCCUCCCCUCCUGCUCCCCCUCCGAGCGCUUCCCACACCACUAAAACUUCCCUUCUAGAUGUAAUCCCGAGGGUACAAGAUAACACGUGUCGUGUCUCAGUAACUCUUGCUGUCUCGAGUUUGGGGGAGGAGGGCAGACUUAGUUUUAUCGCUGUCAUUGUUUGUCAUUGACUUUUUCAGAAGACCAGAGGAGGAGAGGCUGUUAGAGAACUCUUAACCACUGUUUCAUUAUUAUUAUUAUUGUCUAAUUCGUCUGUACAUCUGAUGGGAUCCAGUGGCUUCCAGGGACAGGCAGCACACACACACACACACAAAACAAGCCAACAGGCCCAGAGGAAAGCUUAAAACUUAAGAGCUGACUUCCCCAAGAGACAAAUUUGGGGUGUUAACCCCCCCACUGCUGGCUCUCUGCAGACUUGAUGGUUCUCUAAGGUCGGUGCCCUUCAGUGGAGAAGGGAAGAGGGGAGCUGUGGUGGAGCCCUGUAUGGUGUGAGGGGCAGACCUUCACCCUCUGGCUUGGAGCUUCCUGGGAGUCUUCAGGCGUUGAGGAGAACUCCCAGUUCUGUCACUGGAAGCCAACUGGUGUCUGGCUCAUAACACAGAGUGAAGUAGUAUUUUUCUAUUUAAAUAUAAAAACCAACAUAAAAAACAUACGAAAGUGGGGUUUUUUUUUUAAGAAGAGAUGAUGUUUCAAGGACUCACCCAGCAGAGCUCCUGGGGAGGCUGUCACAGGGCCUGCAGGUGGGGCUGAGGGUGAGCCCAGCGGAGGAGAGGUGGAUGGGAUUUGUCCCAGCAGGGUGUGGGGUUUGCAGGAGGCCAUUCCUAGCCCCAGGAAACCCGCAGAAGCGUUUCUUACUGUACUUCAGCAGCUGCAUCAGCAGGAGGAAGGUGUCCUGAACUCGGAGUUGACAGGUCAACUGCGUUCUGGGCAGAGCUGUGGGUGUUUUACCUUCCCAGCGGGGCCUUUAGCAUGUCACUAAAGCAGGGCUUUUGGUAAAGGAUCAAAGUUCCAGUGUUUCUUUGUGGUUUUUUUUUUUCAUAAUGUUCUUAGUUUCUAAAAGUGAAGGGUUUUACAAAGACCCUUGGUGUCAGCGUUGUGCCCUGGCUCUGGGGCUGCCUGCCAUCCAGGUAUGAUGGGGGCUAGGAGCCAGGAGAGGCCACGGGUCCCUCCUGGCUGGCCCUGGCACCUCUCAGCUCGCACUGGGAAGGGGUUCAAGUGUUCUAGGAUUUUACACUUGGGUAUCUUAGAUGAUGCCAGUUAUAUUCUGUUGCAUUUGAACUUCUUCCAAAUAGUUUGGGGUUGUUUUUUUUUUUAUAAUAAAAAAAAGAACAAAAGAACAAAACCUUAA